AUGGAAGUCAUCCCGGGCCUCGAUAACAGCAUUUCACUGACCCUGGCUAUGUCAGGUAUCCUGAUUGCUGUUUUUGUGCAAGCAGUCAUUCAUCGCCUCGUUCAGUGUUCCAGAACUCCCCAAAUUCAUCCUGAUAAUGAGCAAGCCGUAAAUGAAGUUCGUCAGUCGCGCGCACCGCGUAAUUCCUCUUCAGCCGAUGCAACAACACCAGACGGUGCCCGAGCCCCAGAUGUCUGCCCAAUUUGCCUUGAAGGAAUCACAUUUGGGAUCGAAACAAACUGUCGACAUCAGUUUUGCGGGAGUUGCUUUUGUGCUUAUUGGCAGCAUACGUCACCACUGGCCCAGCCGAACUGUCCUGUCUGCCGCGGUCAGUUGCGAUUUUUGGUAAAAUGCUUCACCCCCGAGGAAAUCCAAGCCGAUGCGACACAGGAGCGCUCGGACGUAGAGUCGCAGAUAGCCCUCUUCAAUCGACGCUAUUCCGGCAACCCCGUUUCGUUCUUGGAUCAGUUGCGUGACCUACCCGCUUUGAUGCGGUACGGGGUGAGGGCGCUACUGGAUGGCGAUGGCAUCUCGUGUCUCCUGCGUUUGCGCCUCAUUGUUCUCAGUCUCUUUGUCUUCUUCUACGUCGUCUCGCCGCUUGACAUCUUCCCCGAGUCUGUUGUUGGCGCUUUCGGGUUGCUGGAUGACUGCCUCGUGUGCGUCGUCUUUUUCAUUUACAUGGCGGCUCUCUUUAGGGGAAGACUUGCCGCCAAUAGCUAA